GCCCCAACCCCCUGCCUUAGAUACUGAGGCGUGGAGAGGCCCUCUGAAGUCCCAGCCCCUUCCUUCUCCUCCAGGUCCGUGAGAGCAGGUCGCUAACCCCCUUUCUCGCCCCCGCAGCGAGGGAAAAGGGCGAUAGGGUCGAAGGAGAAAGGUCGAGCGGAUGCUCGGAGACCCGGGCGAGUCCCGGGCGCCACGCGGCUGAGCCCAGGAAAUGCAUCCCGGUUCUGGGGUUACGAUGGGAGCUGUCCAGCCCCGCAGGGUGAGCUAGAAGAGAGAGUGGGCCAACGCCGACCUAGCGGAGGGAGCGGCGGGCGCCAGGGCCGGGUGGGGCAGCGACUCCCCCUCCAGCCCGCCGGCCCCGGGCGUCGCCCCCGCCCCCCACGUGGCCGCAGCCGUCCCAGCCCUUGCGAGGAAGCGGCGCGGCUUCCUGGGGCUUGGGCCGGCGAUAUAGGCGCCCCCGCCCCGGGCCCGGCUCAGCGCCACCGCCCCUCCUCGCCUGCUCGCCGCGCGAUGGCCUCGCUCCGGACUGAGCGCGCCGGCGGCCCGCGACUCCCUGCGACCCGCGCCGGGCGACCGGCUGCGCUCCGCCUCCUCCUCCUGCUGGGCGCUGUUCUGAAGCCCCAGGAGUCCCUGGCUCAGGUUCCUCCCACUGAAAGCAUCUUGAAGUCGAAAGAGGACAAGAUGGAGAACUAUGAGAGGACUAUUCAAUUUUGCUGGCAAUCUUAUAAGGAGGAGAUGGACUCUAUCCCCAAGGAUUGGUGCGACUGGGCCAUGAUUAGCAGGCCUUAUAGCGACCUACAGUAUUGCUUGGAGCAUUUUGCAGACUUAUUUCAGCUGGGCUUCCCCAAUCCCCGGGCAGAAGAGAUCAUCUUUGAGACUCACCAGAUCCACUUUGCCAACUGCUCCCUCGUGCAGCCCACCUUAUCAGACCCCCCAGAGGAUGUGCUCCUGGCCAUGAUCAUAGCCCCCAUCUGCCUCAUCCCCUUCCUCGUCACCCUUGUGGUGUGGAGGAGUAAAGACAGUGAAGCCCAGGCCUAGGGUGGUAUGAGCUUUUCUUCCAAGCUAUCUUGCUCCUUUAUCGCCCCCACCACCAGGUUUCUCUUCCCCUCCCUGCCUCCUUCUCUCACUCCCACGUCCUCCACAGAUCCUUGGACUGAUGGAAAUGGAAACCCAGUGGUGUCAUGGCACGAUUUCUGUAAUCUUCAAAAUAAAACUUUUUUUUUUUGUACUGUCCCCUCCCCAUCCCAGAGUUUCUGCCAUUCCCACAGCUCUGGGCAGCAGAGCUGGAAGAUUCUGGAUAGCAGCACUGUUUUGUUCACUUGUCUCCUCCCCCCACCUGAAGGCCACCCCCUCCACUGCUUCCUCCCAAGGCUGGGCCUUUCCUGUCCUUAUCCAGACCCAGCACCAGGAAAUAUACAGGAAAGAGACUCCCUUCCGGUCUGCACAGCAGCUGGGGAGGUGUGGGGAGAGGGGGAAGGGUGGAAUCUCUGCUGUGACUCCUGCAAGAAGGAAGCGGGACCACCCAGGAGCUCUGAAUUUUCCUCGUCUUCAUGCCUCAGUUUACUCCCAGGGCUUGGGAAUAGGAACCGUGAUAUGACCAAAAAGAGUCCAUCCCUAAGGACCUCAGGAUUGAGGGCAAGGGCAGGGGGGACUUAACUCUACUAAGUCUGCCACAGGACUCCCCUUCCCGGUCCCUGGCCUCAUCCUAUGUUGUCCUGGACCCUGGGGGUGUGGCCUACAGCCUGGCAGCAUACUGCCCCCUGGUGUCCACUAGAGCUAACAGCCAGAAGAUGGACAUGAUCUGGAAGAAGCUCCAAGCUGAGGAGACUAGACCCUGGGAUUAGACAUCUGUCAUCUCCAUAGCACUCACUAGUUCUUAGCUGGAUCCUUCUAUCAGCUUCCUAAGCCAUACUGAUACUCCCUUAAAACACUUUCCCACUUUCUAGGGACAUAUCUAGCCUCUGAACUCAUCAUUUUAUAUACAGACCCUCUUACAUAUUCCACAGUGAGGCCCAGUUGUUUGCCAGAGGACCUUCACUUCCAGCUCUUCCAGAUCAUCAAAAAUAUGAGAGAACAACUUUGUUCUCCAUAAAGACACCUGUUUAUUCUUUUUGGCACCUGGAGCCUCUUCAGGGGCUUUUCCUUCCCUCCUUUCUGAAAUAUUUACCUCUCUGAGGACAUGCAUAUUCAUUUCCUGGGACAUGCCCGUCCAUUCCAUAGAUAUAUACCCGUAUGCUUCCUAGAAUGUAUCUACUCGUCCUCUGAGACAGACUUCUCUCAGGACAUGUCUGUCUCUCUAGAGGCAUAUCUGUUUCCUGGGGCAUUUUGAGUUUUCACCUGAAAUAAGUCUUUGCUCUGUUUCCAUGAAUGCAUUGGUCUUCCUCAGGGGUAUAUCUGUUCUCUUCUUGGACCGUAUUCACCUUCAUGUGUUUUACUAAUAUACAUCAAGGACAUGCUGGUAGAAGAUAACUGUGUGUGGUAUAUUUUGUUGGAAAAAUAAGCUAGGGCUUGGUUUCUGCUCUCAAUGGCUUCCACCUAAUAGGGGAGCUGACAUGUACACAAAUAAACAAAAACAAUGCAGUGUGUGAUGAGAGUCAUGCAAGGGAUAUAAACCAAAUGUUAUCUAAGUGCAAAAAAAGGAGUCACAUCUAGCUGAGGUGUGAUCACAGGAGGGUGAUUGUGAAGUUAAUACAUGAGUAGGCACUCCAUCUUAAGGAGUGCAUUCCCCCGAGGGAAGAGAGUAAAAAAAAAAAAAAAAAGGAGGUGAAUUAGGAAGUUAUUGUGAUAUUCCAGGCUUGAGAAAAAGAGGCCAUGGGCCAAAGGAGUGAUGAAUGAGGAAGCAGAAAAUAAAAAGUAGGAGAGAUGACUAAAAACAGGGGAGGGAAUCAGCAGGACUUUGGAGAUGAAGGAGAGGAGAGGAGGGCUGACUCAGGCUUUGAAUCUGAGUUAGUAGGACAAUGAUGGAAGUAAUGAUAGAAAAUGGCUCUAGGAAGAGGAGCUGGCAAGAAGAAAAGGAUGUACAAUAUGAGUUGCCAAUAAAACAAGCUUUUAUGUCCCACAGAGAGUUAGAAACGGGAGGGGUGAUGGUGGUUGUGGUGGAAAUACAGAUUAAGGAGUGUUUUGCACAGAAGUGCCAUGUGAAGCCAUGAAAAUGAUGAAAGUUCUCAAGACAGAAGGUGUAUUGAAAAGAAAGCUGAGCUUAGGUUCUUAGGAAACACUCACAUUUAAAGAAUAAGGGGGAAGUGAGACAAAGAGGAAGAUCAGAGAGACAGUAGCAGAGCAAGGAUAAAGCAGUGCCAUGGAAACAAAGGAGAUAGUGCCCUUUGAAAGAACCUUACCAAUUGAAUGGUUCGUCCAUUCGUGCAACAAGCGUUUGCUGGGUACUUUGGUAGAUCAGGAACUGUGCACAAUGAAGGAUGGACUUGAGUGGGGGAAAGGUUAAAUGAUCAGGUAGGAAAUUGAGAGGGUGACGAAAUCAAGGAAACUGUGCAUAUUUUCAAAUACGGGUGACCUGAGCAUAUUUGUCAACUAGCAGAGAGGAGCCAGAGGAAAGGAAAAGAGGGAAGAUGAUACACAAAGAAGUCCUACAGGCAGUUGGAAAGGAGAGGUAAGAAGAUACGCCAAAGGGUUGGCCUUGUAAAGGAAGAGUGACACUUCUUCCUUUGAAUUCAAAAGAAAGAAGUAAAAGUGGAAAGGAAUUCUUGUGGGAAGAAUCAAGUGUGGUGACAGACAGAGAGGGAACGAUUAGGAGGUUCAAAUGCUUCGCCUCAUGUUCACAAAAUAGGAAGGGCAUUCUGCAGAGAGAAAGAAGAUGGAGACAGGUGGAAUGACUUGAGGACUAGAAAUAUUUGAAGAAUUACCUGGAGGGAUGUGACAGGGAGUCAAUAAAAGACAGUGCUGGGCUGCACUGAGAGCUCAGCAGUGCGGUUAGUCAGGGCCUGGGGCUCAGCCAGCAUGUUCUGUCAUUUUUUCCAGUAAUACGACUCAGCCCAGAGUUGGGGGAGGGGGAGAAGAUGGAGGUGGGGGCAGGGAGCAACAACACUGGUUUGUUAAAUGACCACCAGGUAAGCAAGCAAGGGGACAGAAUGGGUUAGUCUAGGCUGGGUAAGGAGUCAAAUAAGACCAAAACGGCUCCGGAGACUCGAGACUAGGAAAGUGAGGACGUAAGGGAUAGAUAGCUGUGGUCAAAGCGGGCAGCUCUGAAUCGUGGAAGCCGAACCUUUUCCAGCGAUAAAAGCUACAAAUGUGCUGUGGAGUCGAAGGACAUAGCAGUUGAGGGGACUGGGAAAUUGUGAGGCGUUAGUUAAAUGUAACUGACACGAA